AUGAAGAAGCGGAGUAUUCCGGUCACGCUGAAGUACGUGGAACACACGAAUUACAGUAUAGAGCCAAUUCGUUGGCUGCUGAAACCGAUAAGCGUCUGGCCGGUGAGGAGCUCAUCGAUGAAGGAGAAAGUUCUGUCGGCGGUGUUGCUGAUAACAUGUGUCUUUCUGAUUGUCGCUACUUUGGUGCCUUGCGCGAUGGCCGUCUUCCUGGACGACACCAAGAACCUAGAGACAAAAAUACGCGAUUUUGGGCCGCUCAGCAACUGGCUGCUGGCCAGUCUCAAGUAUAGUUCGUUGCUGGCGCAUGUCGACGACAUACGUCGGUGCGUCGAGCACGUCGAGACGGACUGGCAGGCCGUGACAAAGAUCGAGGACCAGGAGGUGAUGCUGAGAAGCGCGAAAAUGGGCCGUUUCAUCGCGAUAUUCGGCGCGAUAUUUGUGCACAGCGGCGUAUUCUCGUACAGCAUAUUCCGGACAAUAGAAUUGAAGUCCUCUGUCCUCGGCGACAACGUGUCAGGCCACUCGCUGCCCUUCGCGUUUUACAACAAGCUCCUGGACACGACAACGAGCCCGGCUUACGAGAUGAUGUUCGCGAUACAGUGUCUCUCCACGUUCGUGGUGAAUUCUAUCGUAGUGGCCACGUGUAGCCUCACCGCUGUUUUCGUGUUGCACGCGUGCGGUCAGUUACAGAUUGUCAUGUCGCUACUGGACAAUCUCAUUGACGAGGAAAACGAGAAGAAAAACUCCUCGCAGCAAAAUCUCGCUGUCAUCGUUGAUUACCAUUUGAGAGUACUCAGCUUCGUGUCUACCAUAGAAAAAAUUACAAAUGUCACUUGUCUUGUGGAAAUAGUGGGUUGUACCGUGCAUAUGUGUCUGUUGGGCUAUUACUGCAUAUUGGUGGGCACAUUUUGUGAAACUUACGCGAUAUUCACUGUUCGUUAA